GCCUAUCGAUAAUUCAUUUGAAAAUCUUGAGGUUCAAGCUAUGGACACGAUCAUUAUAGAAAGCCAGAGAGAAAUAAGUCCAGAUCAUACUAACGUGAAAAGGCGAAGAGGAAAUAAAAAAGCCAGCUUGACUAGUGGCAACAAUGAUAUGAUUCAAAAGGACAAUUUACGUUCUCAUAUGUCCAAAAAUACAAAUGAACAACCUUUAAAUAUCUCAUCUUCAGUCAGAAAUAAUUUAUCUGAAGAUUUUUAUAGCCAACAAUCGUUGACAUCUAAUGACACUUCAUUUUCUUUAGACAGAAGCCCAAAUGAAGAUGCCAAUUUGAUUAAUAGCGAUAAUGGUAUACAAAAGGAUAAUUUACAUUUCCAUACGUCUAAAAAUAUCAUAAGACAAAAUGAGCAAACUUUAAAUAUCUCAUCUUCAGUCAGAAAUAAUUUACCUAAAAGUUUUUAUGACCAACAAUCGUUGGCAUCUAAUGAUAUAUCUUCUUCAGACAGAAGCCCGUCACCCGAAAGUGCUCAUGAUCAACGAUCACCAUUUCUAUUAAAUAGAAACCGUUCAAAGUCAACCAAUAUCGCAUCACCUUCCUUAAUUAGAAAGAGUUCUUUUGAAGAGGAUUAUGAUCAGCAACCAUUAGCAUCAACCGCGAUUAAUACCUCAUCUUUAAUUGGCCUAUUUAAGAAUGAUCUUGAAGUUUGCAUGUAUCUAGUACAGCACCCACAACUUGUUGAAUUAGCAUUAAAUAUGAUGAAAGCAGGUGGUGGCCAGGAAUUCAUUACUCAGGGAAAGGUGGCAGAUAAAUUUAAUGCACUUUCUGAAAAGGAUCUUGGCACUUUUCAAAUGCAUUUGAAGUGUUUUUUCUUUCGCACGAGAGUCAUCAAUAAACAAGUUAUCGACACACUAUUAAAAUCUUUAUUCCCAAAUAUUCAAAAUAGUGCAUCGGAUUGUACAGCGCUACAAAAAUGGGCUUUUUCAUGCUUUCAUGUGACAGAUAUGCAAAAAACAUUUGAAGAACAGCGUGUAAAUGUUAACAUGUUUACCGAUUUUAUAAAAUCAGCCUUUGAUCUCUUUGUUCAAGAAGAACUUUUGGACAAAGAUGUUAUCAAUGACGUUAAAGACCUGAAUUAUAAGACGGUUGAUAUGGAAGUUUUCAUAGCAGAUGGAAAAGAAGCUUUACAACAAAUAAACGUUAGGUCGCUUCUGAGGAUAGAAUAG